AGUUAUAUAUUAUAUUAUGAAAUAAUUGUGUCCACAAAACUACAAUCUUUAUAGGGAGUCUUAUCCAAGCAAAAAAAGAACAAAUUUGGGAAAAUCCAUUUCCAUUUCCAUUUGCAUUUUAUGUACUUUGGUAGAAGCGGCCUUACCCAAGUGAAGAAGAAGAAUGGGAGAAGAAACUGAAGGCGAUAGCAAUAGCAACGACCUUCAUCAAGUUUUGGUUUUAGGUUCUCCGUGGGUAUUACCCGCUCUCCAAUCUCAAUUCUCAAACCGAUUCCAUUUCCUCCUACCAUCUCUUUCCGAUCUCCCUCUCCUCCAAUUCCUUUCUUCUUAUGCCCAAUCCACACAAGCCUUGCUCAUCCCCGGCGGCUGCUUUCUGGUCACCUCCCCCGUCCUCGAUUGCCUUCCGGCGCUCAAGCUCCUUGUCACUACUAGCGCCGGUGUUGACCACCUCGACUUGCCGGAAUUACGUCGCCGUCAGAUUGCUAUUGCCUACGUUCCGGACUUGUACUCUGAAGAUGUCGCUGAUCUUGCGGUUGGGUUGUUGAUUGAUGUUCUCAUGAAGGUUUCGGCGAGAGAUCGGUGCUUUAGGCUACGGCUUCCGCCUACUACCAACCCGGAAUUUCCGCCUCUCGGAUUAAAGUUAAAUGGGAAAAGAAUUGGGAUAGUUGGAUUGGGGAAAAUAGGGUCUAAAGUUGCCAAAAGGCUGGAGGGAUUUGAGUGCAAAAUCUCAUAUAACUCAAGGACCAAAAAGCCAUUAGUUCCAUACUCAUACUACUCCAAUGUACAUGAACUUGCAAGCAACUGUGAUGGCCUCGUACUUUGUUGUGGGUUAACGAAAGAAACCCAACAUAUGAUCAAUAGGGAGGUGAUGGCUGCAUUAGGAAAAGAUGGAGUGAUAAUCAACGUUGGUAGAGGGGCGAUAAUCGACGAGAAGGCUAUGGUUGAAUGUUUGAUCAAGGGAGAGAUUGGGGGAGUUGGGUUAGAUGUGUUUGAGAAUGAACCUGAAAUUCCUGAAGAGCUCUUUAAUUUCGAUAAUGUUGUAUUAUCACCACAUGUUGCUGUUAUGACACAUGAAACUUUGGAGGGAUUGUCUAGGUUGGUGGUGGACAACUUGGAGGCAUUGUUCUCAAACAAGCCUUUGGUGUCUCCAUUUCCUAAUUAGCAUAGGCUUAAAAUUAUGUCCACGAAAUUUGAAAUAUAUUUCAUUCUGAUCCCACAAUCAAAAUCCGCACGAUAGUUCAUGUCUAAAAAUUAGAAAGCAUACAUGACAUCAGUUACAAUAACACUUAAAAAUGAUGUCAACAAUACCAUGCUGAUAUUUUGGUAAUAAA